ACCGCGCUUCUCACGUAGUCAGUGUCAACUCGACGACGGUUCGCACUUCAACUCGCGAUGCGGCUUUCUUGUACCAUCUAUUCGGCGAUCACGCUUAUUUUAUUCAGCAACAUAGUGUUGUAUGCGAGCGGCACGCCGGAAAGGUCCCCUAUGUGGAAUCAAACCUGGACCGAUCGACUAAAGGCAGAUCUGUUCGUGAAAUACGAUAAAUUCGCCCGGCCGACGCAGCAUUUCAACAGCACGGUGGUCGAUUUCGACAUUACUAUUCUUUAUAUCGAUGUGGAUGAUUUCAGAUCUACCGUCACCGUUAACGGGUGGACUUAUCAUCAAUGGACAGAUGACAAGCUCAAAUGGGAUCCCGCAAAGUAUGGCAAUAUUCAGCAUAUUCACGUAGGAAACCACGAGGUAUGGCAACCGGAUGUUCUGCUAUAUCACAGAAAUCGGUUUUUUUCAACCAGCGGGACUGCGGGCACAGUUGAGCAUUAUGGCGAUACGUCGUGCAUCAUCUCUCACGACGGUCAAGUGCUGUGGGUCCCGCCUUCGCAGUUUAUCGGACUUUGCGAUCUGGAUAUGCGCUUGUGGCCCUUCGAUACGCAAAUCUGCACUCUAACGUUUGGCUCCUGGACGUAUCAUGGCGAGCAAAUCGAUUUACGAUUGGGUAAAACCCAAGAAAUGGAAAUGAGGUUUGUGAAAAACGCGGAGUGGACAUUAUUGGAUUUGGCGAAAAAGCGCGAAGCAGUCACUUACAGUUGUUGUCCGGAUCCAUACAUCAAUUUAAAAUUCACUAUGACAUUAAAGAGGAACUCGGCCCUUUAUUGUAGCAUAUUGCUGAUGCCUGCUACUGCCAUAGUUUUCCUGGUUCUGGUCACGUUUUGGCUACCACCUCAAAGUGAAACGAAGAUCAGCGUUGCGGCCUGUACUGUAUUGAUCAUCGCCGUGUUUUUAGCCUACUUCGGUGUUAAAGUGCCAUUAACCACGAACCCUCCGCUUAUAGUUUACUUUUAUAGUGGUUGCCUCUGUUUAGUAACAAUUUCAUUGAUACUAUCAAUAAUAGUGAUCAAUAUAACAAAAAGGACUUACUGCAAACCACUUCCACGAAACAUUAGACUGUGUCUGCUAAGUUGGCCUGGAAGACUGUUAGGACUUUCGGAUCUUAUAAGCGUGAUCGAAUCGCGACGGCCUGUGCCGGGCCAAGAGUUGCGUGGCAAACUUACGGAGGAAUCCACCACCAACUCGACGUCUAAUAUCUCGGAUGACGGCGAUCGGCAGAAUAUAAUUUCGCCGACGAAGAACACCACGCAAUUGGAAUGGAUUCUAGCUGGCACGGCCAUCAAUCGUAUCGCUUUCGUGCUGUUCUGCUUAAUCUUAGCAACAAUGGCGAUAGUAUACAUAAGUUAACUCGUUAAAUGAAAAUUUUUUCUUAAGUCGCUCUUAUAUUCCGAUAAUCUAUAAUAUAUACACGAUAUAUACAAAUAAAUCAUGAAUUGUUGUCCAA